UCGCCUUCGAGAGGGAGGGGAGAAAGGUAAAAAAUGGCCACUCCAGCAGCACACAAGGAGAGUGAGGCAGAACUUUUUAACCUGCUGAAAUCGGCAAACCUUCUCGACUACUACAGUAACUUCAUUGAGCAGGGAGGCGAUGAUAUCCAUCAGUUUUGCGAUGCAACCGAAGAAGAAUUCAAAGAGAUGGUUAGUUUGGUUGGAAUGGCGGCUAAACCACUACAUGUGCGAAGGCUGCAAAAAUGUUUGGUGGAAUGGAAAGCCAAGAAAGCGCGCCAAGGGGACCAAACCCCGGACAAAAACAGCUCUUGGAUUGACGGUUGGACUCCAAACCAAUCACCAAAUGUAUCUAGAACAGCAACAACCAUCGUUACAACCCCAACAAUUACAACUCCGUCGCUCAAGCGAAAGUCUUCGAGCAGUUCUUCCGAUAAAGCGACACCAGAGAAGCGAGUUGUAGAGCUGAAACUCCCGCCAAUGGACGUGAUCAUUGACUGGGAAAAACUCGAUCCUGAACGGCAGCAACUGAUCAGAGAGCAUUCGCGAAUCUAUGGCCGUGAUGACAAAAAAAGAAAGAGUACAUCGUUGAAUUGCCACGAGCAAAUGAUAAACGAAGCAGCGGCUCAGCUUUGUCUUCGUGACCCUACUCUUCUCGUUCGCCGAGACGAGUUGUUUACCAUGGCAAGGCGUGUAGUAAGAGAGAGUGGCUUCACCUAUGUGCAUGGUCAUUCAAGGUCCAAGUAUCUUGGAAAUCCAUCACAAAUGAUAACUGAUGGAAAUUAUGAUUCUCAUGCAGGCAAGAAACCACACCUAUCACUAGUGAAUAAGUACAAGAGAAUAGAAAGACUGACAGAAAUAGAUGACUUAUUAUUGAAAAAUAAGGAAAUCCAAGAUGAAAUUGCAAGAAAAAUUGAGGAGUCCAGGGCAAUUAUGAAUACAGCUCAGGUUGCAGAAUUUCAGGAAGAGCUGGUCAGGGUGCAAAAUGAUCAGGUCUCCCUUCAAAUUGAGCAGAAAGACUUGCGCAAAAAGCAACGUCGAUCAGACAAGUACUAUAGCAACAAAGAAACCAGAGGCUCAGAAUCUGGAAAUGGUGACACUGAGGAUGGUGGACAUGGUGAGCAAGAUGGUGUUUCUGCUUCAGAAGAUGAUGUCACAUUUGCUGAAGAGGGACAAGUACAACAUUCAUCAGAAGGUCAUCCUCAAACUAUUGUGCAAGAGCAACCAGUUGCUGUUGUGACUGAAAUGCUUCAACAAGGGACAGAUAAUGUGGCAGCCACUACAACAGGUGGAGAGGAUGAGUCCUCAGUACGUGCACUUUAUGGUGCAUUCAUCCCAAAUCAACUAAAUGAUGAUCAUCAAGCUGCUGCUGCAGCUGUUGCCGCAGCCAAUAUUGCAUCAUUCCAGGCUGCUGCUGCUAGAGGAGCCUACACUGUUGGCAAUACAGCUAUCACUGACCCUACAAUCAAUGCACUUCUCAGCCUAUCAGCUAAAGAUAAGACUAUGGUGCAGGGAGUUCCAAAUAUGGAUGGUGUUGGAAUGAGCGUUGCCGUCCAAGAUGGUCAGCAGUCAUCCCAUGCUGCUGUAUUCACCUCACCAAGUAUAACUGUUGUCAUGCCAACAGGGCACACCCUUCCAGCAAAUGUACAGGCAUGGAGAUAAAGAGUAUUUUAUCAGCUAAUAACAACUUUUCUUUGUAUGGAGAAUGUUUUGGGGCCACCAGUAUUUUUUUUUAUCAGAAUUAAUUAUUGCCUCAGCACAGCCUGCUAUAUGAAACCUCUAAGGACACUGACAGCAGAGGUUUCCAAACGUACCCAGGUCACAUAUACCAUACAUUUAUGAGAGCAAUGAUCAUAGUUUGUGGAUUCUGUUUCUAUAAUUAUUUUGGCAAAAUGUAUCGUGACAUUUUUCAUUAAUUCAAGACUUCUCUGUAUAUAAUAGUAUGUCUUUCAAACAGUAUGGUAAAAACAUAUUGCUACUAUUCCUUGAUAAUUACUUAAAGUAUAUUCCCCGCAGGAUAAUUAACAAUGUAUAGCUUUCAAAGAUGGAUUGCAUUUCUUUGCAACUUUUAUCCCAUACAAUAAUCAGCACUAGUUUUUAAAUAUUAACCAACAAAAAUUCCACUUCAAACAAUUACAUUUGACAUAACGUGAAACACGCAAUAUUGUUAUUUUUUGAAUUUCAGGUUUCCUGCCUUUAGAUUCAGAUAAUAUUAUGAUUAUCACUGCUCUUUAUUUGAAAUGAUCUUGUAAAAUAUAUAUAUUAUUAUUACAGUACCAGAUUACAGCGGUUAUUAUGUACAUACAUUUAGUGUUACCGGUAAUGAAAACAUUGUAAGGUAGAUGAUUUCCAAUAAACAUUUCAUUGUUCAC